ACCGAGGACCGGAACUUUCUCUCUUCCCAACAAGCAACCGGAGGUUUCCAGAUUUUUGCAGGUUGAAGCUAUCUGACUGAGGGAAAGGGCUAAAAGAAAAGUUUUUUAUUUUCUCGUCAAAGGAAAUGGACGCCACCGAAGCUUCUUUGUCCACUUCUCCAUCUAAAUCCAGUUUCAGCCAACAGCGCCAUUUCUAUCUUGCUAUUGAGAGGAUCAAGUUCAAGAUGGAUACCGUGGUGGAUCUAAUGGGAAUGGCUGGCCGCCUUCCAAGUCUUCCGGUGGUGGUUUGCUGCAGCACCAGGGACGAGCUAGAUGCUGUUUACUCCGCCCUAUCCACCCUUUCACACAUUUCUAUCUUCGCACUGUACAGUGACCUUGCUGAAGCAGAGAGGGCACACACAUUUGCUAAAUUCCGGCAGGCCAUGCUGAGGUGGAAUCGUCAUACCGUUGUUGAUGAAGGGGGAGAAAAGGAGGAAGAGAAAUGUCACCUGAUAGUUGUAACUGAUGCUUGCCUUCCUCUUGUGAACUCCGGAGAGUUUCCUUUUAAUGCACGCCUCUUGAUUAAUAAUGAGUUACCAACAAAAAAGGAAACAUAUAUGCGGCGCAUGGCUACUUGUUUGGCAGCAGAUGGAAUUGUGAUCAAUAUGGUAGCCGGAGGUGAGGUUGUUAAUCUCAGAAACAUUGAAGAAAGCAGUGGGUUUCUAAUAGGAGAAAUGCCCAUAAAUAUUUUUGAGAUGCUGUGAAGGACUAUAACUUUACAAUGCGCAAAAAGUUUCACUCAACUCUCCGUCAAACUCCAAGUUCUAUAAAAAAUUGUAGUGUAGCACAACUUUAUUCUUCAAUUUUUACGUCAUUUUGUAUUUUGAAAACAUAUAAGAUGUUAUACCAGAGUCCAGAGAAUCAUAGAAGCAAGAAUUAAACUUGGAUUUGUGAGUUUUGUUCAGUUCUACAUUUCUAGCUCCAUUAGUGCUUCUGAUGAGCUGUACAAAAAUGAUAUGCUAGAUUGAACUCUGAUAGUAGUACCAAUAUGUUUUUGAUACGGGCUAAAAGAGUAAUCAGUGUAAUAUGAAUGAGCUAAGCAAAAGUACAUGGAUCUAAAACAA